CGUUCAGUUUACAAAUAAAAUAUCACUCCGGGUUCAAGAUAGCACGUGACACAGUUAUGGGUGGAUUAUGUUGUUGCUUUGGGGAUAAUAAAAAGGAUCUAAGCCCGACUACUCCAUUGUUAUCGGAUAAAUCCAGCAGCCGUAAUGGUGAGAGAACACCAAAUAAUAAUACCAGUCUUGGUCAUUCAGCAAGACAACAUAACCCAGACAAAGAAAAACAGUUUUUAACAUCAUUAGAACAAUUAUCACCUAUAGUAGUGGGUGAUUUGCCUCUACCGGCAUUAGAUAAAACAUUUAAGGACCACGCAUCACUCUACAAUAAUUUACUGGAGAAAUUUGAAGCCUUACGACAGGUUCUCCAUGAUUUUAAAGCUUUACACGAGAAAGAAACCAAUGGAAUCCCUACACUAAAAGAGUGCAUGAAAUUAAUGUCGAUAAAUUGUGGUGAUGCCGUGAUAACAGCCACGAGAACGAGAUAUUCGGUACAGCUACAGUAUGAUGUAAAGAGUAUUUCAGAAUGUUGUAAAGGUCUUCCAGAAGAUACCCUAGAAGCUUUAGCGCUUUAUAAUAAAGCAAACACCUUAAUUCGCAAUAUCAUGGAGAAAAGUCCUCAAGUCAAAGAUUCAAUUCAGCUUGUACUUGAUGACGAAGAAAAGUUAAGGCGCGAGGUUACUAAAGCAGAUCUAUCGCCAUCUGAAGGACCGGAAGCUGUCAAGACAUGCGCGAGAAAUAUUAACAAUCUUCGGUACGUACCUGGAGCUCUUGACACUAUCAAAAAAUAUACCAAAGCUUUAUUUCAAGAACUUUUAGAUUCUUCCAAACGUUUCUUCAGUGAACAUGACAUAACCGAUAAACCUGGAAUUGGAAAACUUGUUGCUUAACAACUUUCUCAGUAGAAUGCGGCAUUCCCACGUUGGUUGUUGGAUGCGCUUGUUGAGUUCGAUAUGGGAAAAAACUCUUGCGAUACUUCCGCUAUCUCAAUAAAAAUGUACUUCCGCUGUCAAAUGAAUUGAAUGUUAUAAAUUAUUUUUGAAUGUUUAUGUGGAAUUAUGAAGUGUUAUGCCAGAAUAUGAUUGAUGUAUAUAUAUAUAUAUAUAAAUCAAUUCCAUGAUAAAUGAUUUUGAAUAUUCAUAUAAAAUAUAAAGAUGUUUUGA